GAUAAGCGUAUGAGGCUGAACAGUUCCAUAAGUAUCUACUUCAGGCAUAUUCAUAUCAUCAAUGAAAUAGAUCAACUUUUUUAAUCCUGGCGGUCCAUAGUUCCUGCCAGUUUUCUUCUCCAAGUGUUUCUCCAUAAUCCUUUAUGUGGUGUAAUAAUUAAGAGGCACGCCGGCGAUAUUGUAGUCAUCCGGAAGGGAGCCUAAUUUUUCAGCAACGAUCACGCUUUUCCCUGAACCUGCAGCACCUAUCAACAUCACCGGUACCUUUUCCUUAAUGAAAACAUCCAGGAAGAAGUGAAGGCAUAUCGUUUCACCAGUCGGCACCAAAGCAGACUGUUAAGGUGUGAUAUUUAAAAUCGAAUUCGUACCUGCCAUAUCAAGCUACGAAGAUUGUACACUUGUUUCUUCACAUCCUUUCGUACGACUUCCGGCCAUCCAACGUGGUUUUUUGGAUUAGACAAUAUAGAACAUCUUCGUAUGUAAGUCGGUCUGGGUCACGAUUGACCACGCUUCGUCAGUCGCAAGUUUUACAAAGAUUUAUAAAAAUUUGUGCUGAAACAGUCAGAAAAAUUCAGAUACAGAACGAUAAAAUCUUAACAAACGUGGGACUAAUUAAUGUGGAAGGAACGAUAAAUCAGCCGCGAUACUUCCGAUUCAUCUCGGUUGAAUGGCGCGAGGUAUCCCGGAUUCACCGUAACCCGUUCUAAACGAGAAGAAAAGCGGGGAUGUUGAUCGUAAUAAGAUCAGGGUUACGUAGCCGCAUGAAAGAAGAUCGACCGAUCGAUGAUCGAACGAGGGAAGGAAGAGGAUCGAGGAUGUUCCUUUUCCCCUCUUUCAGCUCGUAUAAAAGUCCGAAUGUGUCGAUCCAGCCGACACAACUGUGAAAGAUCGCCGGUGAAAGACGUUCUCCUUGCGACGUCUACCUUUCGGCCUCGUACCCUCUCGAUUACCUCGAAAUUCGACGAUGUUGGUCUACCUGACCACGCUACUGUUAGUAGCCUCUACAACGGUGUACUCGAAACCAGCACCGGAACCGCCAAGCUCGUAUUUCCCUCCAUCGAGCGGCGCUAGUCUUUCAAGUGGAUCCGGUAGCUACGGUCCACCCUCUCUUCCGGAUCGUUAUGGCCCACCGCAACAACAGCCCGUCGUCCAUAAACACGUGUAUGUUCACGUGCCGCCUCCAGAAGCGCCGGAAUACAAGCCACCGAAAUACAUACCACCCGCGGCGCCUCCACAAAAACAUUACAAAAUCGUAUUCAUAAAGGCACCGACUCCACCGACGCCAACCGCCCCGGCUCUUCCGCCGCUACCACCUCAGGACGAAGAAAAGACGUUGAUCUACGUGUUGGUGAAGAAACCAGAAGAAGCACCGGAGCUGGUGCUACCCACUCAAGCACCCACGCAACCAAGCAAACCGGAAGUUUAUUUCAUUAGAUACAAGACACAGAAAGAAGCACAGAGCGCUGAAUACGGUCCUCCGCAAUCACCCCCGUCGGAUAAUUAUGGCGCACCACCGUCCAGCUCUGGUGGACCUUAUUAAACGCUUUCAUCGCACGUGAGAAUGUUUACUGGCAAUGAAAUACUCGAAUACAG